GACUACUAACUGGUCUAUACGUCUAUAUAGUGGCACAGUAUGUAUAGUGAUAGACGUUCCCCUGAUUAAUUGCAAGCACAGCAGCGAUAGGUAUAGUCAGAGAUUUCGUGACUCGCAAGAGGACGGACGAGUUACAACUCGUCGCAUCUCUACUCGUCGCCCACGCAGUGUUCUUCACUCACACCAGCGAAGACACGCAUUAUAUCAUAAUAAAAACAAUAUCUUCGUGGGAUAGUCAUAACAAAUUCUCUCGUGUUUAAACAUUAUCAUUGUGGAGUUUAACGUAUACGAGAAAGACAAAAUCUCGCUUUGUGCCCCACCAUCGUCGUGUUAGUCGUCCAUUGUGAGACUUGUUACACGAUAUAGAGUGUGAACGAGUGCCAGCAAGCAACAAUCCGAGGCACAGCAGAGCGCAAAAAUAAAAAUGGAAAUGCUCUGACGGUGGGAGAAAAGUACCUCGCAUAAGACUGAAACAAAGGAGAUACAUGGAGGAUGAUGGCCCUUGCAAAGGAGAGCUGAUACAUGGGAUAGUACUUUUACAAAGUCGCGUUGCUGAGUCUGCUUUGUCCUGAAAAACCAAUGUAUCUACCAGUUGCCAAGUGAAACUUUAUCAGGAAGAGAAAGAGGAAGGAAUACUAGAAGAGAGGAAAGAGUUUAUUCAACUGUAUAUGGUAAUCAACGGAUUAACUGGUAAAGAUGGCUGAAGUUGAUCCAGAGACCCUGCUUGAAUGGCUGAGCAUGGGUCAAGGUGAUGAAAGAGACAUGCAGCUCAUCGCUUUGGAACAGCUUUGUAUGCUGCUCCUCAUGUCUGAUAAUGUUGAUCGUUGUUUUGAAAGCUGUCCACCAAGAACAUUCUUGCCAGCAUUGUGUCGUAUAUUCUUGGAUGAGUUGGCUCCUGAUAGUGUACUGGAAGUUACAGCUAGAGCUAUCACUUACUACUUGGAUGUCUCAGCUGAGUGUACAAGACGUGUGGUAGCUAUGGAAGGUGCUAUUAAGGCUAUUUGCAGUCGUCUUUCCUGUGCCGGACUUGGGUCAAGAGCAAGCCGUGAUCUAGCCGAACAGUGCAUAAAGGUUUUAGAACUGGUCUGCGCUCGAGAAGCCGGGGCAGUUUUCGAAGCAGGUGGAUUGUCCUGUGCGUUAUCCUUCAUCCGAGAACAUGGAGCACAAGUGCACCGUGAUACAUUGCAUUCGGCUAUGGCUGUAGUUUCACGUCUUUGUGGCAAAGUCGAACCUCAAGAUAAAACAUUACCUGACUGUGUGGAAGCUCUUUCAACUUUACUACGUCAUGAAGAUGCUCACGUUGCCGAUGGAGCUUUGAGGUGUUUUGCAUCAUUAGCUGAUAGAUUCUCAAGAAGAGGUACUGAUCCUGCUCCUCUGGCGAGCAAUGGUUUGGUUUCAGAGCUUCUGUAUAGACUAUCCAAUGCUGCCGGACCAGCUUCGUCAGUAAGCACAACACCAGGCAACACAAAAGCACCAUCGACACCAAGCGUCACAGCAACGAAUAUUCCAGCACCUGAAGCCAAAUCUUGUGCCUCUGUUUCAACUAUCAUUAGUCUCUUGUCAACUCUUUGCCGAGGCUCCGCUUCGAUCACGCAUGACCUCCUACGCUCUGAAUUACCGGAUGCAAUCGAGAAGGCGUUGAAGGGCGACGAACGUUGUGCCCUUGACUCGAUGCGUCUCGUCGAUCUAUUGUUAGUUCUUCUAUUUGAAGGUCGUUCAGCUUUGGGUCGUGCUAACACUAGUAGUUGCUCUUCCGGACCUCUGUUACCGCGGUUAAGAAGGUUGGACAGUGCAGGAGAGAAAACGCACCGACAGCUGAUCGAUUGCAUAAGAUCAAAGGACACGGACGCACUCAUCGAUGCCAUCGAAUCUGGUGGCAUUGAGGUCAAUUUCAUGGAUGACGUGGGUCAGACAUUGCUUAACUGGGCCUCGGCAUUCGGUACCCAAGAGAUGGUUGAGUACCUCUGCGCAAAAGGAGCUGAUGUCAAUAAAGGUCAACGCUCAUCCAGUCUUCAUUAUGCCGCUUGUUUUGGCAGACCGGCCAUUGCCAAGGUUCUAUUAAGAUAUGGCGCUAAUCCUGAUCUGCGCGACGAAGAUGGUAAAACACCACUAGACAAAGCCAGAGAACGCGUAGACGAAGGUCAUCGCGAGGUCGCAGCUAUAUUGCAAUCUCCGGGAGAAUGGAUGCUACCGCCACCAGGACACGAUGACCGCAAACUCGAGAAUGACAUCAAAGAGUUCACCGAACCCAAAGGUGAUCCGGAGAUGGCACCUGUAUAUCUUAAAAGACUUUUGCCGGUGUUCUGUCAGACUUUCCAGUCAACCAUGUUGCCUAGCGUGAGAAAAGCAAGUCUUAGUCUUAUUCGCAAGAUGGUUCAUUACAUACAGCCAGAUCUUCUCGUUGAAACCUGUGGAGCUGAUAAAACUAAUGGAUAUGGAGCUAUGCUCGUUGAAGUCAUCGCCAAUGUGCUUGACAACGAGGACGAGUUCGAUUAUAGUAAGAGUUGCCCACCGGCGCCGCCACUUCCCGACACAUUAAUCGGGCCGAAAAUGCCGCGCAAGCUUAGCCAGUUCUACAUUCUCGUCAAGACGGAAGACGAGGAUGGUCACUUAGUAGUACUACAGAUGAUUCAAGACUUGAUGAUCAAAGGCAAAGAUGAAUUCCUGGAACAUUUUGCACGUUUGGGAGUUUUCUCAAAGGUAGGUCAGUUGGCUGGCUCUCAAGAAACGCCACCAGAGCCGGAGCUUGAACCAACGGCUGCAGCAGCUGUUGCCGCAGGACAUGAAGAGCAAAAACUCGAAGAUGCCAAGGAAUUACUCAUCGGCAAAGCUUAUCACUGGAGAGAUUGGUGUAUUUGUCGUGGUAGAGAUUGCUUAUAUGUCUGGUCUGAUGCCGCGGCAUUGGAGUUAUCAAAUGGAAGCAACGGAUGGUUUCGAUUUAUCUUGGAUGGCAAACUUGCGACUAUGUACUCCAGCGGCAGUCCCGAAGGUGGCACCGAUACUACAGGUAGAAAGGGAGGGAGGAACACCGAGUCUCUAACUACUGAAGAAAAUCGUGGCGAGUUUCUGGAGAAGUUGCAGCGUGCUAGAAGUCAAGUGAAGCCUAAUUCGGAAAGCCAACCGAUUCUGUCGAGACCUGGAGCUACGAGGCUGGUUAUUGGUAAUUGGGCGCUGUCGAGUAAAAAGGAAAGCGAAUUGAUUAUUCACAAUAGUGAUGGACAACAACAGGCGACUAUUCUUCGGGAAGAUUUGCCUGGUUUCAUUUUUGAAUCCAACAGGGGUACUAAGCAUUCUUUUACCGCAGAGACUAGUUUAGGUCCCGAAUUUGCAGCUGGCUGGGCAGGUAAACGCGGCAAGCGUUUACGUUCAAAAAUCGAGGCGAUCAAGCAAAAAGUUCGUAGUCAAGCGCAAGAGAUCUACGAAUUGUACUUUAAGGCAGCUCAAGCUAAACCACGCGGUGUCGUAGCUAAACUUGCAGCAAUAGUUACACAAGUCGAGAAAGCUUGUAUGCGUCAACAACAACAACCAAGUAGUCGCGAAUGGCGUACGAUGUUACAGAAUGCAUUGGACGAGUUGAAAAUGUUGUUAAACGAAGAAGGAAAAGUAUCAGCAUACGAGUUACACUCUAGUGGAUUGAUACAAGCAUUACUCGCGUUAUUGGCUGCACCAUCGCAUACUAGUGCUCAACAAUUGUCACCCAGAAUGAACAAGUUGAGGUUGCAGAGAAUUGCUGUGUUUAAGAGUUGCUUUCAGUCGAAAGACAAUGCCAAAGGUGAUAAUUUUGCAAAAGUUUUAGUGCAAAAACUUAUCUCAGUGUUAGAGUCCAUUGAGAAACUGCCGGUUUAUCUUUACGAUACACCUGGUUCUGGAUAUGGAUUGCAGGUGAAUAUCUUAACAAGGCGACUAAGGUUUAGAUUAGAAAAAGCUUCUGGUGAGAGUGCGUUAAUUGAUCGAACAGGUAGAAAUUUAAAAAUGGAGCCUUUAAGCACUGUCCAGCAACUAGAAAACCAUCUGUUGAAGAUGGUUGCAAAGCAAUGGCACGAUCAUGAUAGAACAACCUUUAGCUUCGUGAAGAAACUGAAAGAUGGCAACAAAAUAAGUUUCAAAUAUCAACACGAUUUUGAUGAGAACGGUUUGAUCUUUUGGAUAGGAACGAAUGCCAAAACUAGCCCAGAAUGGGUAAAUCCUGCACAAUACGGUCUCGUAGUGGUAACAUCAAGUGACGGCCGUAACUUGCCAUAUGGUCACCUGGAAGAUAUAUUGAGUCGCGACGCAUCGGCAAUGAAUUGUCAUACGAACGAUGAUAAACGCGCGUGGUUUUCCGUCGAUCUUGGUGUGUGGAUUAUACCAACGGCCUACACUCUCCGCCACGCUCGCGGUUACGGCAAGAGUGCCUUGAGAAAUUGGAUGCUUCAAGCAUCAAGAGACGGUGCCAAUUGGACAACUCUGUACACCCACGUUGACGAUUGUUCACUAAACGAACCCGGAAGUACUUUUACGUGGACAUUCGAGCCACCAACAACAUGCGAAGAUGCCCAAGGAUGGAGGCAUUUGAGAUUACAGCAGACUGGAAAGAAUGCAUCAGGACAAACACAUUACCUAUCGGUUUCGGGUUUCGAAGUUUACGGCGAAGUGAUGGGAGUUUGUGAAGAUCUCGGUAGAGCUGCCAAAGAAGCUGAAGCUUGCGUGAGAAGACAGAGACGAUUGAUUAGAUCGCAAGUAUUGCGACAUUUAGUCGCUGGAGCGAGAGUUGCUCGUGGUUUGGACUGGAAGUGGAGAGAUCAAGAUGGUAUACCGCCUGGUGAGGGUACUGUUACCGGAGAGUUGCAUAAUGGAUGGAUCGAUGUGACUUGGGACAAUGGAUGCUCAAACUCAUAUCGCAUGGGUGCCGAAGGGAAGUAUGACUUGAGAUUGGUCUCUACCGGUGGAAGUAAUAGCAUUGAAUCCAGCGAUGCUUCUAAAUCGAAGAAUGGAAAUGGCGUGCUAACCGGUCGCAAAUCUAACAGCACACCGAGUCUUCCAGAUUACUGCACUGAUCCUAGUAUUAGAUGUUCGGUUGCAUUGUCUGAUCAGGCGGCUAGUGCUGACAAUCUCGCGGCAAAGCAAGCAGCAGAGUCGAUAGCUGAAAGUGUCCUGUCAGUUACCUGUGCCGAAGCUGUGGUAUCAGUCACCGGUGAAAGCGGCGUCAACUCGUCUGGCGAACUCUCAGUUGUGCUUCAUCCAAGACCUGAUACUGCUGCUGUUACUAGCGAUUUGGCUACGAUCGUUGAAAGUUUGGCUUUUAAUAGCGAAUGUUCAUCCACUACUGCUUCGACUAAUGGAAAUAGUAACAGAACUUCCAACAGCUCAAAACCUUUACUGUCAUCUCUACGCGGAAAUAAGCCUACAAGUGGUUUCUUAAGUCUCGAAGCCGAAGUGCUCGAUCGUAUGCGCGAAGGAGCUGAUCGUUUGCGCAACAACACUAACAGUUUCCUAAGCAGCGAGUUGCUUGGUCUUGUACCCGUACGUAUUAAUGUUUCGGGUGAACCAGACGACGGUUCAAUGCGCAUAAGACCUGCGCCACGAAGUCACGCUGCUGCUGCUGCUGCUGCUGCUACCGUUGCUGCAGCUGCUGGUGCUGCUGAUGGCUCAAUAGAUUGCUGUCCAAGAGAUAAGGAUGCUUCUGGUUCAUCGAGUUCAGCUGCCCCGACUGUUGUCACCACCAAUCCUAUGUCCGUGUCUGUGCCAAAUCUUGCUUGUAGUGAUGCUUCUAACAACACACUUGAGCCUGUUGCGGCAUCUGGCCUACUCGAAACUUUCGCUGCUAUGGCGCGCAGAAGGAACCUUGGUCCAGGAACAAGUCAGCAUAUUUCUUCGAACACUAACUCCGGUUCGAAUUCUCGAGGCUCGAAUCCAGUAUCCAGCCUCGUUCGUCUUGCGCUGAGUUCUAAUUUCCCAGGUGGCCUUCUUGGUACCGCGCAGUCCUAUCCUAGUUUAACCAGCAGCAGUCAGAUUCCUGGUACAACCACUUGCUCUGGUAGCAGUGGUCUUGGUCAAGCGCUCACCAUGUCGCUAACAAGUACAAGUAGUGACAGCGAAUUAGUUAGUUUGGAAGAAUUUCUCGAAGCUUGCGGCGAAGUUGCUGCUUCGGGUGUGGGUGGUGUUCGAGGUGGUGGUGGACCGACGCUUUUAACCGAAUUGGAAGAUGAUGAGGAUGGUGUUUUAGCUGAGGAAGAAGACGAUAACGAUGAGAAUGAUGAGCAGGAGGUUGAUGAUGAUGAAGAAAAUGAAGAAGAAGGCGGAGACGAAGGUGAAUAUCAAGACAUGGUGGUUAGUCGCAACUUACUCGCUGCAUUUAUGGAAGAAGAAGCAGCGCUUCCUAGCACCAAGAAACGAGCUUGGGAUGAUGAGUUUGUACUGAAACGCCAAUUCUCUGCUUUGAUUCCUGCUUUCGAUCCACGACCUGGUAGAACAAAUGUCAAUCAAACAACAGAUCUGGAAAUUCCACCACCGGGCAAUGAACCUCGUUUACCUGCAAAUGCUGCAACUUCAGCUAGUACAGGGCCAAAACUCUCACUUUCUCUUAAAGGACCAGGCCUACCAGGUGUUCCCGACGUUGAGAUUCCUUUAACUGAUGCUCAUACAAGUAUUUUCCAAUCUGUACAACAACUAAUGCAACUGACUGAGUUGGGCAGCAAACAGGAGAAACUUAGAAGAAUAUGGGAACCAAUUUACACUAUUAUCUACAAAGAAGCCAAAGACGAUGGAUCAUCAGGCCGUGCAACACCGAUUGUUAAUCUCCAGACACGUUGUAAUAAUCAUAAUUCAAACGGCUGUACAGUCGAAGAUGUACUACAGCUUCUUCGUCAUGUCUAUGUAUUGGGUACAAAGACCGGUGGUACAGAUAGUUUGAACAAUAGUAGAACAUCGCAAACAAGUUACGACGAGGAGAUAGAACACAGUUGGGUCCAUCCGGACGAUUUCACUUCCAAGAAAAUCACCAACAAGAUCUCUCAGCAAAUUCAAGAUCCUCUGGCACUUGCAGCUGGAGCUCUACCAAGUUGGUGUGAAGAAUUGGCAAGGAGCUGUCCUUUCCUUUUGCCGUUCGAAACUCGCAGGUUAUACUUCAGCUGCACCGCUUUCGGAGCUUCGCGAUCAAUUGUUUGGCUUCAAACGCAAAGGGAUGCUGUUCUUGAGAGACAGCGAGCACCUGGAUUGAGUCCUAGACGCGAUGACGUACACGAGUUCAGGGUUGGAAGAUUGAAGCACGAAAGAGUCAGUGUGCCAAGAGGUGACAAGCUUCUAGAUUGGGCCGAACAGGUUUUGAAGAUUCAUGCAAACCGCAAAAGUAUCUUAGAAGUUGAAUUCGUCGGUGAAGAGGGUACAGGAUUAGGUCCUACCCUUGAGUUCUUUGCUCUCGUAGCAGCGGAGCUUCAGCGCAAGGAUCUCGGUUUAUGGCUGUGUGACGACGAGGAUCCUCAUCUGGAAAGUGACAAUCGAUCUGAGGUGGUCAGCCACGAGCGCAUGCGUUCAGCUGGUUUCUAUGUGACCCGGCCAAGUGGAUUAUUUCCUGCACCGUUACCUCAGAAUUCAGAAGCCUGUGAAAAAUCGUGCAGAUACUAUUGGUUCUUAGGCGUGUUCCUCGCCAAGGUCCUGCAGGACAAUAGACUGGUUGACCUGCCAUUAUCGAGGCCAUUCUUAAAACUCAUGUGCCGUGGUGACAUCACUAACAAUGUGAACGAAAGGAUUGGAUUAUCCAGCUCAAACGUAACUACACAAGAAAGUAUGUCGUCUAGUAUGGCAAGCAGCUUCAUCUCGGAAGAAGGAGAAACCGAUGACAACAGAGAUGGAUUGAACUUGGAGCCUAUACCUUGGUACGAUGGCAUCUUGGAUAUUAAUGAUCUUGUAUUGGUAGAUCCAGUACGUGGAGAGUUCCUCAAAGAAAUACAGAGUCUCGUGUCGAAACGAGAACGAGCUAUCUCGGAAGGUCAUUCCUCAUGCGCCGAAGAUAGUCUCAUGGGUGAAACAUUGUACAUCUCGCAUUCAUCGGGAGCUUCGGUGCCAAUUGAAGAUUUAGCGUUGUCCAUGACUUACUCGCCAAGCUCAAAAGUUUAUCAUUAUGAGCAUGUUGAAUUAAAAGAAAAUGGUGUCGAUAUUCCUGUGACGAUAGACAAUGCCAAGGAGUACACUGAAUUAACGCUCAACUAUUGUUUUGAUCGGGGUAUCGCCAAACAAAUGGAGGCAUUCAGAUCUGGUUUCUCAAAAGUCUUCCCCAUGGAAAAGUUGUAUGCCUUCAGUCCUGAGGAGAUUAGGGCUAUGCUUUGUGGGGAGCAGAAUCCCGAAUGGACCCGCGAGGAUCUACUCAAUUAUACAGAACCAAAACUAGGAUAUACUCGUGAAAGUCCUGGCUUUCAGCGAUUCAUCAAUGUCCUAUUAUCACUCACUGGACCGGAGCGCAAAGCCUUCCUACAAUUCGCCACAGGCUGUUCGGCUCUACCUCCAGGUGGUCUGUGCAACUUGCAUCCACGACUCACGGUUGUGCGUAAGGUAGACGCUGGUUCUGGUGGCUAUCCGUCGGUCAACACUUGCGUACAUUAUCUUAAACUACCUGAAUAUCCGACUGAAGAGAUCCUGAAACAGCGACUCCUCGCGGCAACACGAGAACGAGGUUUUCAUCUUAAUUGAACGGCCUUACAAGCCAUCCUGUUUUUGUAUAUCAGAAUAUAGAUGUAGCCAAUUGCCGAGGUUUUUAAAUGCGAUAGAGAGAAUGCGAGAGAAUGAGAAAUAGAGAGAAAGAAUGAGUGAGAGGACGAAAGAACAUAGAGUGCGUCGAGUUUUGCGGGUGGUUUUUCUACGCUUGCGAUUGUAAGACUCGUACUGUAGUCGAUUUUUGUAAAGUAAAAAAGACAUCAACUCCCCUAUCCUUCUCAACACUAAGAAACUAAUACUAUGGCUUAUCUUUUAACAUUAGGAUUUUACGUACAAUUUGCUACGUAUUUUUCGAACAUUCAGCAAGUCAGUUGUGAUUUAAUUUACGCACUACCAGACCAAGUUUUUUGGAGCGGCUCAACAUUUUUCAUUGAAGGUACAGAGGGGUAAACAAUUUUGAUUAAUAUAUAACGGCGAAACUUUAUGAAUGAAAACUGAAGAGUAGUUAUCAAUAGUUGCUACUCUUUCAACUUUGUAGAUGAAUUAUUAUGUAAUUGAAAAAUAAAAUUGGAAAGACAAAAGUAUAUAUACUUGCAGAAAAAAAUAAUCAACACUUCUAAAAAGGUGUGUUGUAUACGGUGUGAUUUAAAACAAAUUAUUAAAAAAGUGUGUGAGAGAUAUAGAGCGAAUAUUAACAACGUCGAUAACAAAUAGUUGCUAUUUCUAUGGUGUAAAUUAUAAUUAUAUAAUUAUUAUUACAUUAUUAAUAUUGUUGUAACAAGUUUUUGGGGGGAGAGAAGUGAAGAGUAAAUGGAUAUACGUUAUCGAUAAAAUACUAUUAUUUUUAUUGUUACGAUAAGUUAGUUUUGUAAGUAGUUUACAUGUAAGUAUGCAUCCUUAGUCAAAGAAAAAAAAGUGAAAUAGAAAUAUAGAAACUAACUUUUGUUAGCGUAAAAAUAUUAUCGAGUUAUGUGUGGACCAUGAGUUUACAUUGUCCCGUAAUUAAACGAAAACAAAAAAUAUACAAAGUUGAGUACAAUUCCUGGGCUUGAUACAGAAAAAUAUUGUUUUUUUCUUAAAUAACUCGUGAUUUCACAAUACUAAUCCAGCAAUACUGCAAAAAUAAUCUUUUAAAAUAGUUAUGAACUGUCUGCGCUAAGCUUAGUUCGUAUUCAUAUAUACAUAAAAACGUCCGCGUUUCUUAUUUAAUAUAUUUCGAUUAAAAGGAUACUAUUUGUAAAAUUAAAUUAUUCUAUUUUAAAUACUGGUUGGUUUCUACUGUAUCAAGUUUUAGGGAAAAAAAUAAAACAAAAUAUAUUACAAGUAAUCAUGUUUUUGUUAUUGUUCGCAAUAAUUUAAAACGAUAACUAACAUAAAGUUUCACUACAUGCAAGAUUGAUUUGAUGUCAAGUGCCGCCUGAAAUUAAUUUCAUAACUUCUUUCAUUUUGUGCAGCUUUGAAAACAAUUAACCUUUAGACGGCCAGGAUUUCAAGGGGCAUAUCGCCCUCAGAAAACUAGUAUAAUGUUUAAAUGUAAUUAUUUAUCUUAAUUACAUUUUAAUUUUUAAUAACUUUCAAGGUCUUAUAUAUAGCAGUUUUAUUAUAUUUUUUCAGACAAUAUCUUGACAUUAAUUUCAUAGCUCGAAAAUGGUAAAUUUACUUGUAACCAUUUAC